AUGGCUUUCUAUAACAACAUGGGAGAUAAAAUAACAGAUGGGGAAGGUAUUGCAAGUGAAUUAAUUAGUUUUUUCAAGAAUUUGAUGGGCACUACAGUCUUCACCAAUGCACCUGAUGUGGACAUCAUUCAAAUUGGCCCCUGCCUUUCAGAGGAACAAGCUAGUUGCAUAUCAUGCCCAGUAUCCAAAGAAGAGAUUAAGAAGCCUGUUUUCUCAAUGUCAGACAAUAAUGCAUCGGGGCCUGAUGGCUAUAGUGUUGCAUUUUACAAAUCUUCUUGGGAAAUUGUUGGAGAUGAAGUUACUUUAGCAAUAGAGGAGUUUUUCAAAACCGGGAAGCUUUUGGGAGCAGUUAAUUCAACGUCAAUCACCCUCAUACCAAUGGUACAAUGCCCUCAAAACCCCUCUAAAUUUAGAUCUAUUUCAUGCUGCAACUCCAUAUACAAGUUUAUAUCAAAAAUACUUGCAAAAAUACUUCAAUCAGUUAUGGGUGCCAUCAUUAGUGAAGCUCAAAGUGCCUUUGUAAAAGGCAGAAAAAUUUCAAGCAAUAUACUGCUGGCUCAUGAACUGGCAAAGAACUAUGGCAGAAAGCAUUUAUCUCCAAGAGCAAUGAUUAACAUUGAUAUUAAGAAAGCUUUUGACUCGAUCAGUUAG